AUGAGACCAAAUGUGGAAUAUUUGUUGAUGUUCUCUUUUCUACGUGUUUCGCUCGCUUCCUAUUGUGGACAAGCAACGAUUCCGUUCACGUUUCAGGUUCUCCAUAGUGGUUUAACAGUUCUCGGAUGUGCUCAACCACAAUGUUUCGGGUGGAAUGCCAACGGAACACGAGCAAUCCAAAAUGCGCAGUUCUACAGGAUCGAUGGAAAGGAGGAUGGUUAUGUUCGACAGUCUGAUCAAGUACAACGAGCGAAGUUGAGCAACUCCUUUAUGAAUCCACGUGUUGCAAGUUGCGAAGAGCAUUAUUCAAUGAAAAGCUGCGUUCCAGGGCAAUGGGUUGGUGGCAUCGCACCAAAAGGGUCAGGGUUGCAACUUCGAUGCUGCUGGUAUGCACCACUUCUUAAUUCAGAAGAUCGAGGAAUAGCGAUGACUAUUCAGGGGCAAUUAGUAGUCGGUGGAGAGGUGAUGAAUGACGAUGAUGUGGACGGCUUUGAUUAUAUAGCCGACAUCAAAGUGGCGGAAAUUCAUAAGGCAAAGUGCGUUUUCCAGAAAACACAAACCCGAAUGCGAACGGUUCAGUCUGGAUAUGGAGCAUCAGUAGCAGCAGCUCCUAUUCAAAUUCCACCUAAUGCCGAAAAUAGCUGCAUUGAUUUUUAUCAAACUGGUACUGCUCCUGGCUAUCCUCAGACUCAAACCGUAUUCACUUCACCACAUAACCUUCAGAAGAUCACCCAAACUUCAUAUUACUUGACCAAUCAACCAUCAAACACCGUUCAAGCACCUAUUGAUACGCAGUUUGCUCAACAGAAUUACGUUCCCUUUUCUCAUGUGGCUCAACCUCAGCCUCAACCUUUUGGUGGGCUUUUCAACAGUGCUCUUAACCCAGUUAUGACACCAUUUCAACCACAGCUAGUUGCAGUUCCUGCUCAGCCUCAAAGUGAAGUUCCUUUCAUUAUGUCAACAACACCGGUGUCGACAUUUCCACCGUUAACGUUCCCAUCUUUGGACAAAAUUUCGAGGAUCGACAUACCCUCAGUAGAAGACGUAGAAAAUGUCAUCCCUCCAGUUCAAAAGGCGAUACUAACAACAGUGGCGAAGUUCUUUGGUGUGCUGUAG